GUGAUCCAGUUUGGUUUUACUUCCCGUGUGAAAGGUCACAACAAGAUGGCUCCGUCCGGGUGCAGCCAUGCCAACAACAAGGCUUGUGUUAUUCCUGGAGGAUUUACAGCGUUGUCCUUGAAGUUUAACUCGGACACGAACUCUGAACACAAGAUGUAUGUGAAGGAGCACAAAGUUCGGGCGGAGAAAAGUUCCCACCGACCGCUCGACAGGACGUUGUUUGUUCUCAACAUACCACCAUACUGCUCAGAGGAUGUCGUCAAGGAAUUGUUCUCACAGUUUGGCACUGUUAGGUCCGUGGAGUUGAGUGACCACCCGGGCUCACUCCUCCAGUCUGGGCCUAAACUAUCAAGAUUCUUCAAACCGGCUGAAAAACAGGCUUUCAAGGUUGGUUACGUCGUGUUCGAUCGCCCCUCCAGUAUUGCAGCAGCAAAAUCACACCCCCACAAUUUGCCUUUGGUGGUCUGCUCAACAAAGCGUACGGUUCAGACUGGUGUACAAAAAUGGAUUAAACAGUACAAAGACUCCUUUGUUCAGCCGGACACACUGCAAAAUGUAGUCGAUGAGUUCAUGAAGAACUUUGACAAGAUGAAAGAAGAAGAAGAGGAACGCCUGAAGCAGGAGGAGGAGCAACAAAAAGAGGAUGAGGAGGGCUGGGUCAAAGUCAGCAGGGGCAAGGCUCGUCCCCACAGCGAGGCUGCCAACCGAAAGACUCUGCAAAAAGAGAUGAGGAAGAAAAAGAGGAAGGAGCUCUUGAACUUCUACUCUUGGCAGCAUAAAAACACCCAGAAAGAACAUAUUGCUGAACUCAGGAAAAAGUUUGAGGAGGACAAACAAAGAAUAGCCCUCCUCAGGGCCCAAAGAAAGUUCAGACCAUAUUAAAGCAACAACCAUUGUAAAUGUA